AUGGCUCUGGAAUUCCUAGUUCGCGGCGCGAAGGCCACACGCUUAACCUGCACAGACCAAAGCCAAAAAAAAACCAAGCAUAAGAUUGAUAUUGACACAGUGGAGAAGUUUCAGACUUUAAGGAAGCAGGAGCAGAAACAUUUUGAUGACAUGGUUCAACAAUGCAAGGAUGUAGGCGCAACCCUUGUUAUUUGCAAAAGGGGUUUUGAUGGUGAAGCAAAUCAUCUCUUGAUGCACACGAACUUGCCAGCUGUUAGGUGGGUUGGUGGUGUUGAGUUGGAAUUGAUUGCCAUAGCAACAAGUGGAAGAAUUGUUCCCAGGUUCCAGGAAUUAACUGCAGGAAAGUUAGGAAAGGUUGGUAUCGUCAGAGAGAAAGCAUGUGGAACAGCUAAAGACCGGAUGUUGUACAUUGAGUACUGUGCUAAUUCAAAGGAUAAUAUCACUGACCCUACCGAAGUUGAAGCAUUAAAAGCCAUAAAAGAAAGAAUUGCAACUAAUGAAUUUGAGCUUGUCCGGAAAUUUGGUACCAGAAAUUGGCAGCUUAGCUUAUAUGGAAAGAUUGAAGUUCAUGUGGAACAAAAUAAUUGGGAGUAUUCCAAAGGAAAUUGGCAAUAUCAAAUCUCUAGUCCUCCUGCUAUUAAAUGGAAAUCUAUUAACAGGUUCACUGCCAGAUGA